AUGAGCGGCCAGGCAGCUAGCUACUACGAUCCCCAGCAGGUCUUUGAGGACCCGCGUCCUGCGCCGCAGCCUCAGUAUAACAACUACCAGGUCGAGCACAAGCAGCCUCCUCCGUAUACAGACCAAAGCCCGCCGGUGUACGACUUCAGCCAGGCGUUUCGCAUCGAGAGACCCCAGUUCCACGAUGUCUGGGCGGGUCUUUUACUCAUUGCCGUCUUCUGCGGCUACGUCGCCGUUUCUGGCCUGACGAUCCACAAAUACGCCGUGACAAAAGGCUUCAACGGCGAUGGCAUCUACGACUCGGCCAACACCUUCUCCCUCGAUACCAACACGCUCGUCCUGUUCAUCUUCGUCCUCUGCGUUGCCAUCGCCUUCUCGUGGGCGUACCUGCUCGGCGCGCGCUACUUCACCAAGCAGUUCAUCUGGAUCACGGGCAUCCUGAACAUCGUCUUCGCCAUCGGCACCGCCAUCUACUACCUCGUGCGCAAGCAGUGGGGCGCGGGGAUCGUGUUCCUGCUCUUCGGCGUCUUCGCCAUCGUCUGCUUCGUCAGCUGGAUCCCGCGCAUCCCGUUCAGCGUGCUCAUGCUGCAGACGGCCAUCGACGUGGCGCGCCAUUACGGUCAUGUCUUCGCCGUCAGCGCCAUCGGAGGCCUCGUGGCCGUCGCCUUUUCCGCGUGGUUCUCGGUCACCCUGGUUGCGAUUUACGUCGCCUACGAACCGAAUGGCCACGGUGUUAAUCCGUCCUGUGCCCACGGCGGGUGCAGCUCCGCUAAGGUCAUCGGCCUGGUCGUCUACGUGACGUUUGCCAUGUACUGGCUGAGCGAGUGGCUCAAGAACACGGUCCACACGACCGUCGCCGGUGUGUAUGCAUCGUGGUACUUCUGGAGCCGGUCCCCCGGCGGGAUUCCCAAGGGGUCGACUCGGGGAGCAUUCCAGCGGGCGUCGACGUAUUCGUUCGGCAGCAUCAGUCUGGGUAGCCUGCUGAUCGCCUUCAUCAACAUGCUGCGCCAGGCCUGUUCCGUUGCGCAGCGGCACGAGGCAGCGGAGGGCAACGUUGUCGGCAGCAUCGCGGUGUGGAUUCUGGGCUGCUUCGUCUCGCUGCUGGACUGGCUGGCGACGUUCUUCAACCGGUACGCCUUCUGCCACAUCGCGCUGUACGGCAGAGCAUACCUCCCAGCAGCAAAGGACACAUGGACGAUGAUGAAAGACCGGGGGAUCGACGCACUCGUCAACGACUGCCUGAUCGGGCCUGUCCUGACAAUGGGCUCGGUGUUCGUCUCGUACCUGUGCGCAUUGCUAGCCUAUCUGUACCUGGAGUUCACGAAACCGACCUACAACAACCACCACUCCAGCGGCCGGUUCACGGCCGUCAUCAUGGCCUUCUCCUUCGUCAUCGGUCUUCAAAUCUGCCAGAUUUUCCUCACGCCGAUCGGCAGUGGCGUCGACACGAUCUUCGUCGCGAUGGGCUGGAGUCCGGACGUCUUGGUGCGCGACCAUCGCGAGCUCUACGACCGGAUGGUCCAGCUGUAUCCGCAGGUGCAGCGGACGAUUUACGUGUGA